AUAGACAUCCCGGAAAGCAUGCUCGCCACACAUCAGUACGAUUGCUUCGUGGAGAAGCGCUCAUACGAGAGGAAAACAAGAUUUUUCACUCGUACACAGGAGACCUCCUUGGAACUUUACCAACAAUUUUUGCCCACCACAAUGAAUCAAUUAAAAUCUUCUCGCAACCGCCAUUCUAUGCAACCACACGAAAAUUUGUUUCAGCUUACAAAUAAGCCGCGAAAACAAGAUGAUCAACAUUUUACGCCAAGGAAGUUUACUAUUGCUAAGAAAGUCCGCUCAUUUCCGGAUUCUAAUUCAGAUCGCUUUCUGAAACAGUUUCCUCCGGGGAAACUAUCGCAGCAGCAUUCCAAGGAUAAUUCGUUUAGCCAUUCGAUUCUCAAUCAUGUAGAUUCUUUGAACGAAUAUCCAAAACUGUACAGUCCAAGACCUACGAUUGCCAGUUCAUUAAGCUGUUCGAGUGAGAGUCGGUCAAGCUCUUCGGAUGACAAUCUAGCGACCCAUUCGCCAAUUCACCAGCUGGAUACCGAUUCUCCGGAUCAUUUCGACUAUUUUCGAAUGUUUGAAGAUGCUAGCGUAACGGAUGUACUCGGUCCGAACUUCUCAAGCGCUAACUAUCACGAGGGCUGCAAGGUGAACUAUGAGACAUUCGAAGAUCUCAAUAUGAAUCUUCUGAAGAUCGAUCUGCUAGACGACAUCUCCUCCAGUCGACAAUCACUCAUACAUGAGGAACAUUGCCCAAAUGCUCAGGGAGAUGCGCUCAACGAUUCAUUAAUAACAUUGAUGACGAAAGAUCUGGAGAAAGACGAGAACGAUAUAGCUAUACCAUCACGGGAGCAGCAAACUCGUAGCCCAAGUAGUCAAAGAGAUCCAUCCGAUUUGCCGCUGAUACCGUCGAUAUCAGAGGAAUUAGAGAUAGAGAAUGAAAUAAAGAAGGAAAAUAACUUGAAACAGCAGUUACCUGCGAGAGUCUUAAAUGUAGAAGAGAAUGCAGUUAGCACAAUAUUGAUGGUGAACAAGGAAGAAGCGGCGAAAGAAACGGAGGAGGACCGAUUCAAUCAUUCCGUGAGAGCCAUGACGUCGUAUAAAUGCAAUGAUCAUCCAUACACUCAACUAUUUUACUGUCAGACUUGCUGCAGGACAAUCUGCAAGGAAUGCGCCACUCAGUGCAUUCAUAAACAUGUAACGGUGGAGUUUGUAGAAUUCCUCGAAUCCGCUCAGCGUCAGGCUGAAGAGGUGCUGAUCGAGGCCUAUCUCGGGAUCGACGUCCUCGUGGAUGAUAUGGAAAAUAUGGGGUUGGACAUAGCAGCAUUAGAUCAGAGAACCAGGGAGGCGCUCACUGAUGUGAAGUACUUUUCACGUAGAAUGUGGUCCGCGGUGGAAGAAAGGGAGAAGAAAUUGUUUAAACAAAUCGUGGAAACGCGUCGAUGGAAGUACGAGGUUCUUCAGGAGAAGUACAUGAAUUUAAAAGAGGAUAAAGCACGGCUGAUACAGGCCAUCAGUGCACUCAAAUGCGCCAUCCAAGAGGCACGAUCAUCCCCUGACGAUCUUUUACAAAAAAAAGAUAUGGUAUUGGCUGAGAUUUGGCAGAUCCGUCAAAGUCGAAAGACAAAGGCUCGGUCACUUCGAGAUGAGAACUGGAUCUCCUUCAGGAGUUCCGAUAACAACGUGCUGUCCGUGAUCGCCAACGGGGGAAACAUUUUAGUGAACGGCCCGGGCACGAUCGGAGAUCGUCUACCGAAUCGCGAUUACAAAUCGUUGCAAUCGUACUUCCCGUACGGUAUAAACGAGCAAAUGAUGCAACCGAUUCCGCGCGGUCGUCCGAUAACUGACUACGAUCAUAAUAUCUGUUUGCCUAAUCGAAAACACGAGUUGCAAGUUAGGAGCACAGACGUUAUAAUCCUUGGCUACUUUGGUGAGAACAAUCCUGAUAAUCUUUGCCGUCCGUGGGGAUUAAUUUGUGACAACGAAGGUAACAUUAUAAUCAGCGAUAGAUCCAAUAAUCGUAUACAAAUCUAUCGCGAGGACGGUACGCUCGUCAGAAAAUUCGGGACCUACGGCAACGGCCCUUGUCAAUUUAAUCGUCCAGCCGGAAUUGCCGUCGAUGCCAGACGUCGUCUCAUCGUGGUCGAUAAGGACAACCAUCGCGUGCAGAUUCUGACAAUGGAGGGUGAAUUCCUGAGAGCUUUCGGUGAGCACGGUGAGAAACAGGGCCAAUUCUGCUACCCAUGGGACGUGGCAGUGAACUCAGCUUGCGAAAUUGCAGUUACAGACACGAGAAACCAUCGUGUCCAGCUAUUUAGCCCUGAGGGUAUUCCUUUACGCAUGUUCGGCGGCCAACCGCAUCUAUUGAGGUAUCUUGACUCGCCGCGCGGUAUUUGCUUCAAUAACGAGGGCAAGUUGAUUGUCACGGAUUUCAACAACCACCACGUAUUGAUAAUUGACUAUAACAUGGUAGAAAUGCGCAUACUUAAAUGUGAGAAAGAAUCAAAAGGCAAGAGGCAAGAUGGAGAAACCGGUGAUGGACAGAACGAGGAGAACACCCCCACGUUUCAGAGGCCUCAGGGCAUUAUUGCUGCCGACGACGGUAGUAUUCUAGUCGCAGACUCUCGUCACAAUUCAAUCAAGGCGUUUAACUCGGUUGGUUCGUUGAUCUAUUCCUAUAAGCCUGGUCAGGAGGAAAUGGACCGUCCAUUGGGUAUAGCCCUUCAUUGGGACGGUAGAAUGGCGUUCACGGAUUACGGCCGUAAUUAUGUUCGCUUAGUAAAGCUGGAACAUCACAUGGACCCGAUGCCGAGGAACGCUAUUAUGUUUGGUUGACGCUUCAGGAUCGCAAAUGCGUUGUCCUCAUGAUUUAGCGGAAACGUCAGAUGGCGAGGUUUUUGUUUGGGUCAUGUGUGACCAGUACUCGCUGCCACGAUGACUCCAUCAAAAAUGAAUGGAAGCUAUCGUAAUUUUUCCUAUUUGCAGCGCGUGGCGGGAUUUUUGAAUCACCAGUAAAAAUUGCUCUAGCCAUAAAUUUUUUGUCGGAAACGGGAGGGUAAAGUCUUAUUGGUGAAAAUAAUAAAAUUGACGAUGUGCGGUGAAAGUUAAUAUUUUUGGGCGCGUGAAGCCGCUCAUUGUAUUGUACAUGUUCAAUUCCAUGUACACAUAUACAUACAUUACACACGUAUCAAUCGUCCCUGAAAUAGACGC